AAACUGGUUUACACUAUCUCUUGGGUUGCCGACCACGACGAAUAUCUUGCCCGGUCGCAGUCUCGUUCUUGGAAGAUCGUAUUGUGAACGCCGUUACAGUUAUGUUCAUUUAAAAAAAUAAUUCUACAUUUCGUUUAUAUAUUUUUUUUUCAAUUGAGUUGUGUGUUUUAUUAGAAAAAAUUAAUUUGGUCAAUGAAAAAACUCAUUUAGUGUAGGGACGCGACAUAUUUGGAUAUUACACUACAAAACAACUCAAGAUGAUUGAAGCUGUGGAGAAAAAGAUACCCCCACCGUUGCCGCCAAAAUCACGGCGUGCGUGCCAUAAGAGCGGUGACAUCAACGGUGCGACAAUUCUUUCUAGUGGACACGUCGUCAAGAUCCGUAUAGACCCUACAGAAGUCAUCGGUUGUGUCCGUGAAUCUGAAAACCAGCAGCAUAUCCGCGAAGAUCAACAACAACUCCGUCGUACCAGUACAGUUAAAAUCAACAUAACUUGUGUGGAUCCGUAUGUAUUCUACGAUGAUCGGUGCUCGUCCUCGGGUCACGCGUCCCCGCUCGACAGUGGUACAGGCAGUGACUUGGACUCGGGUAGUCGCCGGGACGAAAGCGAUGACGGCACAUGCAGCAGCUGUGAUUCUUUAACCAGCGCUGGUGGCGUUGAACCGGAUGUAAAGGAAGAAAGCUCAAUAGAACAAGAACAUGCAUCACCUUCACCUCCGUCGGCACCCCUGAUAAUGGUAGAACAACGUAGCUAUGAUCAGAGAACAGAGGCCAAAACGCCAGUUCGCAUUAUCGAUUUGGACAACACUGACCAAUACUAUGAGUUCCACAUGAAUGAAAAUGUAUUCGAACAUGUCGACAAAUCUGCUGCCUCGAAAUCACCAGAGGAUGAUUCGUUUGCAGGAUGUAAAGUGUACGAAGCGGCCGUUGGUAGUGCGGACACUAUCCGAAGUGCCAAGGGUACAAUCAGAGGAGUUAAGAACCGCGUUAGAGCUGGUAUCGCCACUUUUUUACAACCAAAAACAUCAAAAACAUGGCAAGAAAAAGAAGCUGGUAAAAUUGUGCUAUAUACAACCACUAUGGGUAUAGUUAGGGAUACUUAUCAACGGUGUCUUUUGGUCAAACAGAUUUUACGAACACAUCUGGUUAAGUUUGUAGAAAGAGACGUUUUUAUGAGCAGAGAAGUGCAAAAAGAAAUCAAAGAACGAUUGGGUACCAACUCAAUAUCUGUUCCUCAACUGUUUGUUGAGGGAAAUCUUAUAGGAGAUGCAGAAGCAGUAGAAAGACUGAAUGAAUCUGGAGAACUUCGAUCAAUAUUGAAACCAUUUAAGAGCCCUGAUGCUUGGACCACAUGUCAAAUAUGUGGUGGAUACAGACUCCUUCCAUGUCCCAUGUGUAACGGGAGCAAGAAAUCUGUGCAUAGAAAUCACUUUACCACAGAAAUGAUUGCUUUGAAGUGUAUGAAUUGCGAUGAAGUUGGAUUAGUACAGUGUUAUGCUUGUUAAUUAAAUUAAUGAACAAUUCAAUUAUUAAAUACACACAUCAGUAAUUUGUUUAUUUUAUGGGCAGUAUAAAUGGACUUCUCAAUUUUUAACUUCUUUUUUUAUGUAUUAACUAAGUGUAUUCAUUGUGAAUGAAAAAAAGUAGUUUAAUAAUGAAUCAACAAUUUGAAAAAUUUAACUUCUCCAAAUACCCAACUCUUUAGGGAAAAAUAUAAACCUACCUACAAAGUAUUGAUCCCGAAUAUGUAAUUCUUUUUUAUUAAAAAAAUAUGUAUAUUUUAAAUAAUUGAUUACAAUUUAACUAAAAAAUUAAAAACAUUUUAUUCAAUUUAUAUAAAAUAUUAAAUUUUUUAAUUAAAAAAUAAUAUAAAUUAACUUUUUACUUGCUUGAAAUGUUUAUGGAUGUAUACACUUUUUCAGUUAUAAACUGAUGUUUCGAACUCGUUGCAGAAUCCGAAACAUCCGUGAACAUUUUAAGCAAUAGGACAAUCCACGAAAGCUUUAAAACAUUCAUAACUCUAUACUUUAUAUAUUUAUAAAUAUUACUCCAUUACCUUUUAUCAAAAAAUUCUUUUUCUAGAUUAUAAUACUUUUCAUUUAUUAAUUAACUUUUAGAAGAUGUGCUGAUCAAUAUAAAAAUUUAAUUAUUAUUAAUAAAUUUUGGGGUACAAUAAAUAAAUUUUACAUAACAUUAAAAUUUUUUCACAUUGAAUAGAGUUUGCAUUCUCAUAUUUAAAAAAAACUUACCUUCAGGAUAUAAUAAAAUACGUAACUAUAAAAUCAUGUACCACACAGCAAAAAAUUACUUAACUAUGUUAGCAAUUUGUUUGAUAAAUUAUAAAAAAAUUGUCAGGUAAAAAUUAAAAUUCUAAUUCAUAAUACACUGAUAAUUUUAAAAAUGAUAUUAAGAAUCUGGUGUGACCCGAGAUUUAAAAUGACCGGACGAGAAAAUGUUUAGGAGACUUUGAUAAAUUUAAAGGGAUUUUUGUUUCUGCUGAUCAGGUCAAAAAAAUAUAUUUAUUUUAUUGAUAUUAUUUAAU